AUGGAUGGUGGCGAUACCUAUAUAUGUAUAAAACAAUUUAAUGCCAGAUUAGGUGACGAGUUGAGUCUUAAAAUUGGCGACAAAAUUCAAGUUUUGGCCGACGAUAGAGAAUACAAUGAUGGCUGGUACAUGGGCAAAAACUUGUUGACUGGAGAAGCAGGCUUGUAUCCAAAAACAUUUACGCAAUUAAUAACCAACAAUGAUAGCAAAACACUUCUUAGAUCGAGAUCAAGAAGAAUGAUGGCUCCUAAAAGUUCCGACCAAGAAAAUAAUCCAAAAGACUCAACCACUCCAGUAGUAUCAAGUAACCUCAAUCCCAACACAACUUCAAAGUACCCAACGUCGUCAGAAGCUUCUAAUUUAGCAGAACCAAUGUCCCAGUUAAAUAUAAACAAAGAUUCACAAUCUUCUCAAUAUACUGGGUCUCAUUUAAACAACCAAAUCGAUAGAGCAUUACAAGAGCUUCAAGGGUCCAAUGCUGACUUGGGCAAGUCUGGUAAUAGUAUUACUGACAACAGUAAUAACGGUACCACUAACAAUAAUUAUAAACAACCACUGUUAAUUUCGAAGAAAUCAAAUGAUAGUCUGUCUAGUCAAUACCAAUCUCAACAACCAAAACAACUGAGUGGCGAUAAAUCUCGACAAUCAUUAACUGAAGAUUUGGACCCUUUAAAGGCAUAUACUUGGACGCCAAAGCAGGUUUCUUCUUAUUUUGCCUUGGUUUUAGGAUUUGAUAUGGAUGUGGCUGGGAAAUUUGCUCAGCACAAAAUUACUGGGGAAAUAUUGUUUGAAUUAGACUUGAAUCUUUUGAAAGAAUUAGAUAUUGAUUCAUUUGGUACCAGGUUUCAAUUAUACAAGGAAAUUGGAAAAUUAAAGGAAUUGAAUACCAAAGGAGUUAAAGAUAAACAAGUGAGAACAGAUUCCCUGUCUACUGGAUCAACUGGCAAGAAUGAUACAACCUCAUCAGCACUAAACUCUCCACCAACUGCUUCCACAACUUUACACGACGCCGAACCUCACAUGGAUGAUAAUGAUAUGUUAAAUAACACUGGCAAACAGCAAACACAACUAAUGCCGUCUGCUGUUUUGACCAAUACGUCUGACUACAAUAAUAGCCAACAAAGAAGUAGCUCGCACCAUCAUCAGAGAAAAAGAUCACUGUCGGUGGAUGUUGCCCCACAACAAUACUUGGCUUCUGAUUCUACAUUUAUGUCACCUAGAAGAGCCCCUCAACCACCAUCUGGUGGUAGUCCAAUUGAUACAAGUUAUAAAUUUGGUGCUGGAAGUGAAUAUGACAGACCACCUUCACACUAUGGCAUGUACAUGACCCGUACCAAUGCUUCAAGUCAUGCCUUGGGAAGUACAUCUCCUGGAAUUAAUUCACGACCAGCUUCAUCGAUUUAUGAUCUGUUUUCCAACCAUAAUAGAAAUGGAUCAUCAGCUUCCAAACACCAUCACAAGAGAAAUUCAUCGGUAACAAACAAUAAUAACAACAACAGUAAGCAUCACCACAGACGUCAUUCUUCGGUAUUCUCAUACCUCUCGUCUGGUAAUGAUGAUUCAACAAAACCAACACCAAAAUUAUUGAGUAACAAGUUUCAAAGUAACAAUUUGUACAAGGGUGAUGAAGGUCAUGGAGAUCUCACGUCUUCAAGCAAUAACAAUAAACUAGUGUCGCCAGCACAGAUUAAACGUGAAACUAUGAGUGGUCAAUCUUCUCCUCGUGAUUCAGGCUCAAAGUCGAAAAGAAAGUCACAAAUUUUUGAUUUGUCUAAUUCACCAGUUGAUAUUGAUGAUGCCAAGUUUUCUCCAAAGAAACUGAAUUCAGUAUCGGUUCGUACCAAAUCAAUGGAUGCUAUUAGUGGUGGAGACGAUAGACGAGUCGCUAGUGAUUCCACGGGCUUGAGUCAAUCAAAACCCAAUAAUUCAUCAAGACUUAAAGGUAUUCGUGCUACUUCCACUCAAAGUUUCCGAAGUUUAACAGGGUCGAAAAAACUGAAAACAUCGGCAUUUCAAGAAGGUAUACGUGAAAUUACUCCCGAUGAAGCAAUAAAAAGUGCCAACUACAGCGGAUAUAUGUCGAAACGUUCCAAUAACAAUUUAGCUUGGAGAACAAGAUAUUUCACAUUACAUGGUACUAGAUUGUCGUAUUUCCAAUCUUUGAAAGAUAAAAAGGAAAAAGGUUUAAUUGAUAUUACUGCUCACAAAGUGAUACCUAUAGACAGUGCUAGUGACGAUACUGAUAAGGCUGAUAGAUAUGCUGCCAUGUAUGCCUCGACGACAUUUGCUGGUAAUUAUUGCUUCAAGUUGGUUCCGCCAGCUCCUGGAUUUAAGAAAGGAUUGACGUUUACGCAGCCAAAGACUCAUUAUUUUGCUGUUGAGACCGAGGAAGAAAUGAGAGGUUGGGUGAAGGCAUUAAUGCAAGCCACUAUAGAUAUUGACGAUUCUGUUCCUGUUGUAAGCAGUUGUUCAACGCCAACAGUCAGUUUGAAUAAAGCUCAAGAAUUAUUAGCAAAAGCUAGAGAAGACACCAAGUUAAGAGAUGAACAACUAAAAGCUAAUGGCUAUAUUAGAAGUUUAGAAGAUAUUAACGAUAAUUCGUUUCUGGCAUCCUUAGAUUAUCCCGAUCUUACUGGGGAAAACGCCUUUGAUAAUACUUCACCAGCAGCAACGUCAGCACCUAAAUUGACUCUUGAUACUAAUUUCAAUAGGAAAAGUUCAGGGACUUUAGGGACAACAGGGACUACUGGUACUCUAGGAACAGCAGGCACAGUUCCAACAACGCCACAACUUCCGCGAUCUUCGAGCCAAAGUGGUGGGUUUGCAUCACCGUAUUUGUUAGCUUCUGGGUUAUUAUCACCCAAAUCUGGAGGUGCGGGACCGGCAAUGGGGUCAUCAUCCUCCCCAAUUAAUGAAAAUGGAACAUCAACUAUGUCAAAUUCAGAAUAUUUUGGUGAUACCGGCUAUCAAACGUACAAAACUUUAAAACCACCAUCCCGACAGAAUUCUCAAUAUGCAAGUAUCACCAGUACUGGUGGCAGUAUUGGGUUUGGGUACGGGUCGAAUAACGGUGGUGUAGUAGGAGGAUUAUCAACCACUCCAUAUUCUGCUGGCUCUGGAUCAACAACAAGUUCAAUGAAUUAUAAUAAUAAUGUUAAUAGUCCGACUAAUGAAUUUAGAUCUUCAAGGGAUUUGAAAUCGACGUCGUCGCCAGCAACAGGAACGUCCUCAAUGUCAGGAAAGAAAACACAAUCGCGUCGAACAUCAGAUAAAAUGAUGGGGUUUUCAAGUGAUGCUUCUGGUAGUCAUAGUUUUGUUAUUAAACCGAAAAAAUAG